GAUUUUCGUUUGGUCAGUCACUUGCUGCCGCCGCAGUUUCACUUUAUCCAUCGGGCGGUUCGGUUCGGUUGUGUCUCCGUGAUUGAUGUAUUUUAGUCCGUCGUAGUUGUUUGCUGUGCGUAUUCUUAGUGCUGUUUAGUGUGUUUAGGUUGCUGUCGUUAAUAUAACUGAAAAGGAAAAAUAAUCUCAUCACUGAAGUUCACCUCAUAGAAUGAAUACGAACAUUGAAUGAUUAGAUUGUUUUAUGAUACACAUUGAUACCAGCCUUCCAUCGGCGGCACUAGAAUUCGCUGAUGAACAUCAGCUUGCGACGAUCGCAUCGCAUUGCAGCCAACACCGGGCGGUGCUAGACUAGAACAGCCGUUCCGCAACGACGCGUCUAUAUAAUUGUUCCUGUCCUCGGUCGUCCCAGUCCACCAGAAGUCAUGGACAAGCAGAAUGAAGUGCUUCUGAACACAUUUGUGAUAUCGAAGAAAAAAUACCGAGUGGUGUACAAUGCCGGCGUGCUCGUGUGGGAAGCCGAGAACUCCAAGAAGGGGAAAAUAUCGGUACCCGUUAGCGAUAUCGUAUCGGUCACGUUAUCAGCGACGGCCAGUGGGCGAUCAUCGGCCAAAAAUGCGCCACAUGCUAUCACCACCACGUACGGGACGACCUCCAGCACCCAUGCCCCGAUGAAUGAGCAUAUGGAUUUUGAUCGCGUUCCGGUUCUCCCAACGUCAGCAUCAAUAUCAACGACCGCCACGAUAAGCACGGUGACCACUACAACAAAUAUUAGCAAUAGAGCCAACUCGUACGAUUUGUUGCACACUGACGCCACUAGUGGGGAAGACAUCCUUAGCGGAAGCAGCCAAUCCAAUGGCAACUAUCUAAUCAUACAUUAUGCACGGCUAGUGGCACCUCGUACAUGCAAGUGGAGAGUACAACAGCUGGUUCUAUUUAAAAGUGAACAUAGGAUUAUUAAACUUUGGUACCAACGGUUAUCAGAAGAUCUAAGAGAACAAAAUCGACCGAAAAAUCUACUGCUUUUUCUCAACCCGUAUGGUGGGAAACAGAAGGCAUUCGCUCUAUUCGAAAAAUAUGCCAAACCACUGUUCAAAUUGGCACAGGUUGACAUCAACCUGAUAAUAACACAACGAGCGCAGCAAAUCUACGAUAUCAUGACAUCACAAACGAUCAAUUUGAACAACUAUGACGGCGUGGUAUGCUGUGGUGGCGACGGAACGUUUGCUGAACUGUUCAACGGUUUGGUUUACCGGACAAUGAUCGAUUUGGGAAUGGACAUCAACCAACCACCGUACUUACCUAAACCCAGUAUUCCGAUCGGGAUCAUUCCGGCGGGUAGCACAGAUACGGUAGCAUAUUGCUUGAACGGCACAACCGACAUUAAAACUUCCAUCAUUCACAUAAUCCUUGGUCAAACACACGGACUAGAUAUUUCCAGUGUGUAUCGCAACAGUGACGAUAAGGGCGGCGGCGGAGACAUUAAUCCGGCUCAAACCAAUGACGAUUCGAAAGGAUCGGGCAGUGAUACUCUUGGCGGCAGCGCCCCUAAGAUUUCCAACCGUGCUGAAAGACGACCCCAAUUGCUCAAAUUGUAUGCCAGUGUUUUAUCCUACGGAUUUCUGGGUGACGUUACAUUGGAAAGUGAAAACUAUCGGUGGAUGGGUCCGAAACGGUAUGACUAUUCAGGCGCCAAAAAGUUCUUCCGAAAUCGUGGCUAUUCUGGGGACAUCACCAUUCACAUGGAAAAUGAUGUGAUCGAUGACGUGCGAGUUGAUCGGAACAAUCCGCACGAUGGCGUGCGUUGUAUGGAGAACUGCCAACGCUGCCAGGAUGCGUCCACGAAGAGCGCCAACCCGAUCGACUGUGAUACUCAAGAAGUUACCGUUAGUGGAAAGUUCCUUAUGGUCAAUGGUGCUAACAUUUCCUGUGCUUGCUCUCGGAGCCCGCAGGGGUUCAAUCCGUACUGUCACUUGGGCGAUGGUUAUCUGGACCUGAUUCUGGUACGACAUACCUCCUUCUUCAACAACAUCAGACUACUGAUGGCAAUGUCGUCGAAGACAAAGAAAAUCAGUGAUUUGCCAUUUGUGGAGAUCUAUCGGACAAAGAAAUUCAGCUUCAAGGGACGCGUUGUGACGGCACACCAAGGUCACGGCCACGACAACGGUGCAAUCGAUGACGAGCUGGACCAAACCGGUACCACGUCCGCUAGCUCGGCUUCAACGGUUGACGUUGCGAACUCCACCGUUACUGCUGGCCGAACUGCUGCUGGAGGCUUGAAGGAGGACAAUAAGCUGCUGUCCAAGUGGAAUUGCGACGGAGAAAUCCUGAUGGAUACCAAUAUAACUGUAGAAUGCAAUUGCCAGCUGAUUAGCGUCUUUCGGCGGGGUAUCAGCUGCAGUGAUAAUAGUUGUAAGGAAAAUGACCCAAGCGUUCUAAACUGCUGCGGUGUCUGCAAAUAGUUCGUUUCGUUACUUACGUGACGAGCGAAAGAUUGUGCUCUACUAGUUCUAAGGUAACUUCCUUGUUCUUUUAAAAAUUUUAGUUAGUUUUACAUUACUAAACAAACCCUGCCUGUGAUUGGUAUUAGCAAGAGAGAAAAAACUUAACUUAUUAGACUUAUUUUACGUUAGCAUCAUAUGCCCUGGUGUAUUUAAGGGAGCUGAAGUGAAACUUUCAAUGAAACGGUUUAAAAUUACUUUCCAAAGUGCUACAAUUUAGUAUUAGAACAAAAGGUAUUUAAAGGUACGUACCGCUAGCUGAGAUAAAAUUAAAACACAUAGCUCUUAUGACAUUCCAAUACAUAUUAAAAGAAAAACUUUUGACCUUCAGUCAAUACAGGUAGAGAUUGCUCGUUUUUAUAAGCUUCAACUAGAUGUUUAUUUAAAGAUGAAUAGCAUUUCCGCUAAACAUUUGUGAUGAUAGUUUUUUUUUAAAUGAAAACCGAAAACACGUGGAAUAAAAUUUUAAUUAAUUUUUGGUUUCGGGAGAUGGAUAGAUAAAGUUGUUUUACUAAAGCAAGCUUAAAAUGGAGUUGGGAUAAUGAGAUUUUCGUAAUGCAUUUGAGGUACUCAAUAUGUUGUACUUGUUAGGCAAUUUAUUACGUUGUAGUUUCAGGAGACUUCUACCUAUAAUUGUAUGUUGUAAUGGCUGUUAAUUUGAAACAGGUUUAUUUUUACAAACAAG